AUGGCUCCUGUGCCCCCCGUCGAACAAGUACAUUUUGUUAUGCAUGGAAGAAUUUUUAAAAAAAAAAAAUUUUACGAUGUGCGAGAAAUAUUUUCCUUCAUACGACAGAACAACCAAAUAAAGCUGGAAAGUUCCUUCUACACCGUGACCAUAAAGGCCAUGCUGAUGUUGGAAAAGAACUCUCUUCAGGAGGCCAUGAUAAUAUACGACGACUCGUAUGACAUGUCUAUCUAUUUGACGAACGAAAUUCACAAUUUGAUGUUAGAGAAUAACUUAUACCUUUAUCACACCGUGAAAAAAGAGGUGAAACCAGAGUGUGAAAAAUUACUGAAGUUAUACGAAGGGAACGUGGAAAAGAUAAUUAUACGACUAAUAAACGAGUUAAUAAAAAAUAGGACGUCGAUAAAAUUGUCCUCAAAGACUUUGAGUCUGUUUGCCUGGACACACAUGUACCUUGACGUUAAUGAAAUUAUCAAGUAA